AAUCUUUCUCAAGCUCCAAUAGGAAAUCCAGCCACUCAAAAUCCCACUGAAAACCCAACUCUGACACUAUUGGAAAAUCUGAUUCCAAUACAAGCCAAGUCCCUCCAGCCUAGCCAAGAAGUAAAUGUGCCGGCAGUCGACCUUUUAACUGAUGAUGUUCCAGAUAUAAAAGCGGGCCAAACCAGAUUGAGGAUGAAGCAUUACAAGAAUCAGAAUGGGCAUUUGUUAGAGCAUAAGAGAAGCAUAAUUAAUGAAGAAGGUAAACGUGUCUUAAAAAAUACCAAAGUUAUAGGUAAGUGGAAAGAUGAGAAUGGAGGAGAUCGAGCUAUUGGCUAUGCAGGAGUUCGUGCGAAAUGCUAUAGUGUUGUGUGUGAAAAUUCACGAAAAAAUAUGAUAAUGGCUAAAGGUCUUAAAAAGUCCCUUAUCAAGAAAGAGCUUUCACAUAAAAUAUUCGAGGAUUGUGUUUAG